AUGCCAAAGUGCGGAUGUUUCUUUCCUUUCUUCAUUUUUUUGCUCCUGAGCCUGACGUUGGACCCAGUGGCUCUGACAGCUGUCAGUUCUCCUCGCAACAUCUCUCUGUCUCCCCCCAUAAGUUUAUAUGUUCUCCCGUGUUUCUCCACGGCCCUGUUCAAGUACCUCCACGCGACCACGUUUUUUUCCCUCUCUUUAACUUUGUUGAGACGUUUUUCAACUUUUUUCUCUUUUUGAUUGCCUUUUUGUUGAUUUAUUUGAUUUGUUUGAUUAAUGUUGAACUUCAAAAGUUACUGUAGCUUACAGAUUUUGUACUUUGAAGUUUUUUUUCAGUCUUCAGAAAAUAUUUUUGAAGAGUUUUUGUCGGUUAUCGAACUUUUCUGACUCGAAAAAGUUAUCAAAAAGUUUUUCUCCCAUCUUGCGUGAAAUGCCUGGAACCUUAAGAUUUGGAGUGCACCCGACUUGAAACGAGUUUCGCGGGCGUGAAAAGUAAGGAAUAUUUAAACAGCAAAGCCAAGGUGAACAUCUAAGCCAUUCCAAAUGCGACCCAAUCUCAAAAAAUAUGUCCAAAAAAGUAGAAGGCAAUAUAUUUUUUUUUGCUUUUUAACGAUAUCUGAAGCAUUCUGACCUUUUUUCCAAGCUUAAGAAUGAAAUUCAUGAAGUUAUCCCAUAGCUCAACAGGUAAAAUUCAAUAACCUAAUCUUCUGGUCUCUGGUUCGAUACCGGCUUAGGUUUUGCCAUUUUCCAGCUUUUCCUAUUUUUAUCAUUCUCCAAAACUAGUUCGAAAGACUUUUUCAAUAAUUUUGCACUUUCCAUCAUUUUUAUUAUAAUCUAUCCUGAGCCUCAGCUUUGUGAAAUUAAUACUUUGUACUUCUUAAAUCAUGAUUCACUGUGUAGGGCUAUGAAAAAAUUUAAAAUGCCAAAUUUUCUGAUUUUCUCCCUCUUUUUUAGUGUUCUUAGGUCUCCCAGAAGUGAGCUUAUUAUUCUUUUUUUUUUGGCUCUUUCAAAAUGACUUCCGGUGGCUAUUCGAAGGAUAUUCAAGCUCAUAAGUUUUCCCCAGUAGUUUUGGCUUUUCAGAACCCUUUUUGGAAGGUUUUUAUGAACUUUUAGAGAGGAAAUUGAAUUGAAAAAAACUAUAUUUUUUUGAGAAAAAAAUUUGGGUUUUUUUCAGCUCAGAAAUUUUUUUCGUGACAUAUCUUUCACGUAUUUUUUUGCCCGAAAUGUAUUUUACCUACAAUUUUCUUCAUCUAGGACCAAUUUUUGAGCUUCCAAGACAAAAAAAAAACUCAAAAUCUGGCCCCCAAAAAGUCUGCGCUUUUUCAUCUUUCCACCCAUUUUUCGACUGUUGCUACGCUCAUUUUCGAUUCCACAAGAAAAAUUAGUUUUCUCUGUUUUUUUUCCCCCAUAGGAAACUUUGUUUUUUGUGUUUUCACUCGGCAAAAAUAAUCUAAAUUCCUUGAGAUUUCCCUUGCAGAUAACUAACUUGAUUCUGGCUCAAGAGAGCAAAUUUUUCGAAGGAAACUGGACGGAGGAUUCUUAAUUUAAGAGGAAAAAAUGCAAGAAAGACACACUCGAAAUGGCUCAUUUCGGAAUUCAAAAAAACUGGAAAAACAACGGUUUUUAAGCUCUUUUUGGUAUUUUUUUCUGACUUCCGGGAGCACUUUUUGCUUUUUUUCGAGCUUCAAACUUUAUUUUUCAAAUAAUUUUUUUGUUCUUUAUAUAAAUUCCUAUUUUUUUAAAAAUGUCUAUUGAGCCUAUUCCAAAAAUUCCAUAGUAAAAUUUUAAAACUUUAAAUUUCUCCCCAAAAAUUUCUUUAUUUGAUAUUUUUUUAUUUGGUAUUGAGAAAAAUGCUCACUUUUUUUCUGAAAAAUUGUCAAAUUUUUUUCAAUUUUUUUCUCAACCUUGUUUCUCAAAUGAUAAAAAAAUACUAUUAAUAAUAUUGUUCUUCCGUUAUUUUUUUCUAUUGAAAAAAAUUGUUUUUUUCAGUGUCCUCUUUGUCAUAAAAAGCUAUAAAAUUGCACCCAAAACAAUGGAAAAGUUUUGAAUUUCAAUUUUUUUCCCCAAAAAAAGUUGUUUUCCAAAGCAUUUUUUUCAUCAUUUUUUUGAGCUCUUUUUGAGUUUGAAAAAAAGUGAAUUUUUUUUCCAUCAAUAAUUGUACUAAAACUACUUUUUUUAUUACCUACCCCAUAAUUUUUUUUUGAGAAAAAAAUCUCGGUCCGCUGUAAUUUUUUCCUCUAAUAACACGGCAUAAACCUUCUAUAUAAUUUAAAAAAUUUACAAUUUUCAAACGUUCAGGUGGAAUAAUCCGAAGAACAACAUCAGCAGCAGCACUUCAAAGGUUUUUUUUUUGAAUCAAAAAAAAAAAUGAAGAGGAACUUUUUUCAGAACGAAACAUGUUAACAACGACCCUGGCGCCAGCUUUCAACAUGCUUCAGAAUAUUAGCACGAUUCCUACCGUAUCCCCCGAGGCUCUUGAACAUUUCAAUCGAGUCAAGAGCAUCUAUCAAUGGCUCAUUCCGAUCAUGAUCGUCAUUUUACUGGUGAGUGGCUCAGCUGGGAAAAACGUAGACAAAGAGAAAGUAGUUGUGAGUUCGAGUCCUGAGCGGGUUUUUUGACGAAAAAGUUGACUCUAAGAUUUUCUUGCGAAUUUUUAAGUCAUUUACUUGUUCUCAGUAACAUUCUUAUCAUGAUCGUCAUUUUUUUUUUUGGGUGAGUGGCUCAGCUGGGAAAAAUAGAGUCAAAGAGAAAAGGAUCGCGAGUUCGAGUCCUCAGCGGGUUUUAAGGCAAAAAAUAUGACUCUAAGAUUUUUUUUUUUGCGAAUUUUUGAGUCAUUUCAAUCGAUCUCAGCCACAUUCUUAUCAUGAUCGUCAUUUUACUGGUGAGUGGCUUAGUUGGGAAAAAAGUUGUCAAAGAAAAGGGGUCGUGAGUUCGAGUCCUGAGCGGGUUUUUUGACGAAAAAUUUGGCUCUGAGCUUUUUUUUGAGUUUUUUAAGUCAUUCAGUGGUUCUUAGUAACAUUGUUAUAAUGGUCGUCAUUUUACUGGUGAGUGGCUCAGCUGGGAAAAAAGUUGUCAAAGAAAAGGAGUCGUGAGUUCCAAUCCCAGGCGGGACUUUUAGCCAAAAUCAGCACUUUUAAAAAGGGUUUUUUUAGAUUUUUAUUAUUAUACGUAACCUUCGAACUUGAUAAGGAAAGCUCAGAGUUAAAAUUUGUCGAAAAUAAAAAAUAAAAGCAAUAAAGAACAAGCUGAGGAGUCGAACCUUCUACCUUUGGAUUGAAUUUUUGGCGCUACCAACUGAGCCAUGGUACUCUUUUUUUGAAAAGAACUUUAUUGGCAACAGUUUGAUGUAGUACAUUUAUAUUACUCUGAAAAAUCGUAACAUACUUAAGUAUCCAGUAAAAAAAAUAUUUGCGAAGAAAUAUUGAAUUUCACUUUCAAAAAAAGGGAACAAAAACAAGUUUCGCAUUUUUUUUUAGAAAAAAAUUUAUGCUUUUCGAAUUUUUUCAAUGAUGCCGUGUUUAAAUGAAUAUCGCGAAGUAUGAAAUAACUGUUAGAGAGUGGAAAAGACAACUAAAUGUUUAGAGAUUCAGACAUAAAUUUGAAUUUUGAGUGAGAUUUACUAUGGGUACUGUGAAGGAUGAUAAUAAUAAUUUAUUGACAGAUCAGCGUGAACCCUAACGAGUUCACUUGAAUCUAGAAUUUGAGAUAAUACAUUGUACAGUUAUACAUCAUUUGAGUCGUGGAGGAAUAGACAAGAAGAUCUCGUGCAAUGGUAGAUUGACCAGUAAAUUUUUUUAAAGACUUGGAGUGGUGGCUGAAUUGAAAUUUGGAAGUGAGUUUGUUCCAAGUAGGAAUUGUUUUAAAGAAAAAAUCAUUAGAAAACUGACCUAUAAUAGUUAAAUCUUGCUCUAAAACGGCAAAAUUUGAGAAAUAAGGAUCUUGGGACCUUGGAUUUACGGAUAAGACUUGUACUUGUGAUCCGAAAAAUGCUUGUUGUUUCAAUUCCAACUAUUUUUCAGGUGGCGAUCAUUGGAAACGGCGUUAUCGUCGUUUCCUGCCCAUUCCUGACGUCUCCCGUCUCACCCUACCUUCAGUUAUGUAUUUCGUUGGCCCUGGCCGAUAUGACGGCCGCUUCCCUUCUGUUAACUGGUUUGUUUCGAAGCUAACCGACAUGAUUUUUUGUCAAAUUGAAAGAGGAGAUUAUAAGCUUUCUAAUGGUACCUGAAUUUACCUAGUUUUAUCCAAAAAGUGGCUUGCAAAUGAAGUUUUGUUCAUGUUCCAUGGUCCUAUAGAAUAAUUUUUCGUGAAGGAGAAGCUUGAAAUGAUCAAUUUUCAGGCCUGGUCGUUAAUUCUUACCUGCCAGUUGUACUAGGCUUCAACAUACGGAAGGAUACUCAAUGUAUGGAAGCAUUAUUGGAGGUGAAUUUCUUUAAGCCCACAAAAAAGUCUUCAAAAUCAUCCCUGCAUCAGUUGAAGUAUGAAAAGGGACGCGAAAAGAACAUGGCACUUUGAAUAACACCUUUAACAAAAAUAAGGGCUUACCCCGCAGUGAACCCCGAAAAAAGUGAACUUUUGGUUGAUGUUUGCGCUGCACCCCGCGUUGGACCUGAAUAGGGUGAACCCCUGGGGCAACCAGUCGGAAAUAAAAUUUUUUUUUGAGCUACCUCAACAGCCUAGGAUGAAACAGUAGGAAAUGGUGAUAUUGGGAAACAAACCACUUCGAAAUCGUGUACGAAAAAAGUACCUUAAUAGGCAUUUGAAGCUAAACGGGGUGCACCCCUGGUUACACGGCGGGGUGAAACAAGAGUUCGACGCGGGGCGCACCGCAACUUUUGUUAAGUUAGUAUAAGAGGGAAUUUAUAUCAAUAACGUUUUUUUUUGGCAUCUAGAAGUUCUUGUUUGCUCAAAGACUCAUCUAAUAUGAAACGACAAUGAAAGUCGUUUUGCCAAGAAGAGUCGAACCUAUGACCUUCUCAUCCACCUCCAUUUUACUCACCACUGCGCCAUGCUUUUCUUUUUACAACCACAGGAAUGUUUUGCAGUUCCAAAUCAGCUGACAUCUGAUAGAUAUGUCCCUUUUGAAAGUACUUUACAAAUUUAAAAAAAAAACUUGAAGAGGAGUCGAACCUAUUACCUUCUUAUCCAGCUCCAUAUUAUCAACUAGUGCGCCAUGAUUCCCGUAAAACAACACUUUUGAAUUUUUUGGAUCAGCUAAUAGAACUUAUAUGAAUAAACUAUUCAAACUCCAAAUAUUGAAGUUCGUUUGCUCUCAAUUUUCCAUGAAGUGGGGUCGAACUCAUGACCUUCCUAUCUAAUUCAAAAUCACCAACCACUGCGCCAUCCUCACUUUUUUUCAAUUCGCAAUAAUGUUAAAAAUAUGUUUUGGAUCAACUGGCAUUUGAUAUACAUUUAUUUGAACAAACUAUACAAACUCGAAAACUUGAGAAGGAGUCGAACCGAUGACCUUUUUAUCCACCUCCAUGUUACCCACCACUGAGCCAUAAUCCUCUUAAAACAACACGUUGCAGAUGUUCCGGAUCAGCGGCAUGCUGACAUCUGAUAUGCACCUUUUCGCCUUGGCCAUCAAUCAGUUUGUCGGCACGAUGUGGCCUCUCAAAUACAAGGUCUUCUUUUUUUCCAAACUUCCUUCUCAGUUUUCCGCUUCUUCAAACUUUCCUGACAGGAAAAUUGAGACCCUCAUUCCUGCAACUGAAAACCAACAAAAAAACUUAUUUUCUUAGGUUUGAAUUUCAGUUCUUGCAAGUUUCCAGUGAAUAGACUUUUUUUUCUAAAUAGUGACGUCAUUUUCCUGUUCUUCAUGAUGUCAUCGUUGAUUUCUUAUCUUUCUAAUAAAAUGACGUCAUUAUUGGUUUCCCAUCUUUCUGAAAAAAAUGACGUCAUUAUUGAUUUCUCAUCUUUCUAAAAAAAAAUGACGUCAUUUUUCUGAUUUCAUGACGUCAUCGUUGAUUUCUUAUCUUUCUAAAAAAAUGACGUCAUUUUUCUGAUUUCAUGACGUCAUUGUUUAUUUCUUAUCUUUUUGAAUAAUCUUGUUUUUUUUCAAACUAGUGACGUCAUUUUCCUGUUUUUUUCAUGACGUCAUCUUAUUUUUUUACGGAGAAUUUUAUAAGCUUCUUCUUUAAAUUUUUUUGAAAGUUUCGUUUUUUUCAUUUUGUCAAGUUUCCAAAGAAGUUUCAAGUUUGAUAAGUUUAAAAAAAUUAUUCAAGUUUCAUAUUUUAUCUUAUACCCAACGUUCAAUCAUAUAAAAAAAAUUGAAAAAGCUCAAAAAUAAGAUUUUCUGAUCAAGGAAAUUGAGCCCAAUAAGGAGGUAUUUUUUGGUCUACCUUUGACCCAAGAUCAUUUUUUUUUUCCAUUAUUCUCUGCUUUGCUCCAAUUUUUUGAUAAUUUUUUCAAUUCCUGUUUCGAAAUCCAAAUAGUAAUUUCUGACGAUAGGUUAACCCCUGGAAGGGAAACUUUAAUCAGCUCCCGUUAGAAUUUUCAGAAAAAACUUGGUUUUUAAAGAGUUCCAAACUCAGAAAAAUGGAAAACUUUCUUGAAUUUUGACGUUUUUCCAAGUUUUGACGGUUCAUAGGCUGUAUAUGACGCUAUUUGCCAUUAUUUAUGUGUUUCUCAAACUUUCUAAUGUUUAAAUUUAAAGAAAAAUUCUUCUUUUUUCACGUUAGGCGCAGACUUGUUCUACGCCAUUUGGGUUUAGGCUGGGUUGGAAAAAAAAAGGCGUUUCGUUAAAUUUUCCUUGGUUUUUGUCGUGUUUUUUAUUAUUUUAAUUCGAAUCAUUGGUGUAAAAUUGUUGAAUGUUUUCAAAAUAAGGGUAGAAAGACAAUUUCCUCAAUUUAGAAGACCCUAAAUCCACGUUUUAUCAUCAAAAUUAAUCUGAAAUUUCGAUUUUACCGCUCAUUUUUAUCCUUUUUCCCCUUUAGACCUAUUUUUCAAUUCCCAAAGGGAGGGUAUUAGAAUUAAAUUUUUUUUUUCAUUUUAUUGAGCUUUCACUUUUUUUCAAUUUUUGAAACUGGUUUUCAAGACUCGAAAUAAAAUUUUUAUGAUGAAAUUUGAUCUAAAAAUAUCCAUUUUACCGCUGACUUACCUAUUUCCUAUCUUUGAACCUAUAUUUUUUAAGAUUCUCGUCACAACUCGAAGAAUCCGAGCGAUUUACGUCAGCCUCUGGGUCAUCCCCUUGGUUUUCACCUUUUUAUGGUUUUUUCUCUCAAAAUCAACUUCAAAAAUUAAUUUUUUAGGUUCAUCGCGUAUGAAAAUGACGGAUUCCGCAACGAAAAGUGCGCCUUUACCUUCUACAACACGUUUUUCCCGUUUCGGUAGUUUUAGGUCAUCUUUAUGAAUAAAAUUGGGCUUUUUCCAGGAUAACAAUCUUCAUGACAUUCAUGCUUCCCUUGGUCGCAACUUUGGUAAUCUACGGAUUGAUCAUCACCAAUUUGAUCAAGGCCAAGGAGGAGUUCGAGACGAGCAUCCAUGAGAGGUUUGAUUUUAAGCUCUCUCCCGGGCUGAAACGGGAUUUCAGCGGGCGGGCCCGUGUUGAACCCGUAUAGCUCGUAGGACUUUUGGCUAUAGCUGUGGCUCCGUUGUAACCCAUUUGGGUCAGCUAUGUCUUCUUGAACCGGUUUUAGCUCCCUUAGGAUGCCAGAGUGCUCCCUAUAGGGGUUGGGGGGAACAGCUUUUAUUGGGGACUAAAAGGGCCAGAUGGGCUGAAACGGGAUUUCAGCGGGUGUGCCCAUGAUAAACCCGUUCUAGCGCACUCAGGAACGCCAGAAUGAUCCCUAUAGGGGUUAGGGGGGAGGGAACAGCUUUUAUAGGCAACUAAAAAGGGCCAGAUGGGCUGAAACGGGAUUUCAGCGGGUGUGCCCAUGAUAAACCCGUUCUAGCGCACUCAGGAACGCCAGAAUGAUCCCUAUAGGGGUUAGGGGGGAGGGAACAGCUUUUAUAGGCAACUAAAAAGGGCCAGAUGGGCUGAAACGGGAUUUCAGCGGGUGUGCCCGUGAUAAACCCGUAUAAGCGGUAGGACUUUUGGCUACAGCUGAAGCACCGUUGUAACCCAUCCGGGUCAGCUAUUUCUUGUAGAACCCGUUUUAGCGCACUUAAGAACGCCAGAGUGCUCCCUAUAGGGGUUGGGCGAAAAUAGACUCUAUAUAGGGGACUAAUAAUUGCCCCCUAAAGAGGUGAAUUUCAAGAGUGCCUUAUGUGGUUUAGGGCCUAACUUCUGAGCUCCUUUACAACGGGACACGCGGGAACUUACAUGGGAUGAGCAUAGCUGGCGACAGCCAAGUCUCCCCCUACCCCCCCUUAACUAAGAAAAAAAUCCCGUCUGCCAACCAAUUCAACCCCCUAAAAAAUGAAACCAAAAUAGAGUUUUUUUAUGUGCCUUCUGAUGGUUUUCUUUGAAUUUUUAAGCGUCUUUUUCUUGAAAAACUAAGGGGGGGACUAUUUGGUACUUCAAAGCAUCCUUGUCAGCAAUUUUUUGAAAUUCCUGCAGUCUUAGUUGAAAGUACUUUGAAGUUCAUCCACUGAGCAUUUUUCAGGAGGAUGAGCCUGGCUCGACGAUCGAACGUCUACUCCAAGCUCAAAUUGGUGAGGACGACCCUGAUAAUCGUGGUGACGUUCUCACUCUCCUGGGGCCUCUGCGUCCUCUACUUCCUGCUGGUCUGCGCCGACGGCUGCCCGUUCAAGUACGGCGUCAACCCCGACUUCUACCUCGGCCUCUUCCUUUCGUCCUCUGUGAACGCCUUGGUGGGUUUGGAGAAGAAAAAGAGAAUAUUUUCACUUAACAAAAGGUAGAGGUACUGGAAUACGAUGAAACUUGGUAUAUAGGUACUUUCGGACACCCUGAAUCUAAAGAAGUUGAGGAAAAUUGCGCAUUUUUGGUUCUAGUCGGGUUAUGGUGCCUCAAGGUUACGUUGAACUGGAUUAUCAUGAUUCAUUUGCCUAGCGAUAUUUAGUUUCAAUCAAUCAAUAAUGUAUUAUUUUUCGUUCCAGUCAUUGUUUGAUCGACUAGGCGGUAAACAAGAACUUUUAAAAUUAUAACAAGAAACCGUCUUCGGCGAAUUAGAAGUCCAAACGUGUAGAUGAUCAAGUUAAGAAAAUCGGCUGACCGUCCUUGUUCUUCUGCGCCUAGUUGAUCUAGUUGCGCCUUGACGAGCUCAGAAUGUAGCGGAUCUUAAAGCUGGAGCUUGUAGAGCGUGCUCUAGAUGGAAACCUCGGAAUGAGGCGAUCACAGAAGAGUAAAGACGUCAGACGGAAUGAUCAAGUUGAGAAAAUGGUCUGACGGUCCUUGUUCUUCUGCGCCUAGUUGAUCUAGUUACGCUUGGACGAGCCUAGAAUGAAGCGGAUCUUGAAGCUAGAGCUUGUAGACCGUGCUCAAGGUAUGAGGCGAACACAGAAGAGUGGAGACUUUUCACGAAUUUCAGUAUCUUGAGUAUUUUCCGACUUCCUAGAGUUCAUACAGCCUUCAGUGUAUUAUUCCUGAAAAGAUUGGCUGAUUUGUGAUACCCUUCAUGCACUAGAAACUUUCUUGCGAUUUUCCGGUUUUUCUGAACUUUUGUAAGUAGAUACUUCAGAAGCCAGGAUGAGGCCAGCGUAAUUCACACCAUAAUUUUUUUUUCAUUUCAGGUGAUGAUCAAGCUCGCGUCAAAUCCGUUCAUCUACACGUUACGGAUCAAGGCGAUCCGCGCCAGCGUCGACCAACUUCUCAACUUCGUCUGCCGUCGUCGGACCUUCCCGGCUGCCAAAAGCGCCAAGGCCAGCAUGGCCCUCCUAAGUUCGGCCUCCAUUCCGAGCAGUGUAUAAAGAAUAGAGUCCAUCUUUCAUCACUUGAAACGUCGGGGUGCGAAUUUUGGAGAAAAGUUUUGAAAGCGGUCGUCAGUUUGAAAAUUUAUCGCAUUAGGGGAACUUGGUUACAUUUUGUUUGAUGUAUGAAAAAAAAAACAAAAAACCUCUACACAGGUACCGCGGGUCUCCCGGGAGAAAUUCGGGAGACGCGCGGGCGGAUUUCGGGAUUCCUAUGGUUUCUUUGUCUUUUUGACCUUUCCCGCUGAUCAAAAUCGAUGAGUUUUAAGUAAAUAUUGAGCGUUUGAAUUUCAAAUUUGCGCCAAAACCGCGUCGCGACCGCCUCGCACCCCGUCAUUUCAAGUCGAGAUAAAUGGACUUUACCAAAAAUGCUCUUCGGGUCCUUCCAAUUGAAAUUUUAACCUUUAUACGGGCUUUUUUUCUCAACUUUUUUGUGUAUUUCCACUUGAUCUCGCUUGGUUUGUAUGUAUAUGAACAAAUUUCUAUCACGUUGUGAAUAUUAAUAAAUUAUUAUUGGGUUGUUCAAUGAACUCAUUUCGUGAAAUUGAGUGUGAAAUCUCAACAACUGCCGUCACUGGAACAGUUGUAUACACGUGAAAUGAAAAAUGAUGAUUUUGGGUUAUAUUUUUUGCAGUGACCAAACAGCCAAAUGCGUCGUGGAACACACAUAUGGACCGUUUUUGAAGUUAGUUUUCUUCAAAUUUGUUUUUUCAAUUUGUCGACACAUUUUCGAAGAAAAGUUAAGUAAAAUUGUGAUUUUGUGACGUUUAGUUCGGAAUAAGGUUUAAAAUCCAUCACACGGAGCCUUUUGUACCAAUAGCCGUAACUUUUUUUCGAAUUUUCAAAAUUUUUUUUUUUUUUUUUGAAAGACUUAAUAAUUAAUUUUCUUUUCAAGAAAACGCCAAACUAAGUUUCGUUGAAGAGUUGGACUUAUCCUGGACUUUUGAAUUGAUUAGACAGAACUUUAGCCGUGAAAUGAAGGUUUUCAGAAUUUGCUAGGAAAAAAAGCAAUUGUGAUAAAAAAAAAACCCCUUUUUGACUAUUUUGGAGAGUGAAAAAGAAGAUUUUUAGCUUUAGUUGAAAGUUUGGAACCUUCUUGAGUAAUUUAAAAAAUAGUUCUAAAGAAAAGUGUCUAGUAUUUAAAGGAGCAUCGCGGUGAAAUUCUUAAAGUCUUGUCAAGAAUUCAUAAACAGUUUUUUUUUGACGACGCGCCGCCCAUAUUUUUUCCGUAAAGUGUAGUGUCGCUUGUGCAUGCACCACCGCGCUCCCGCACAUGCCGUGUUCAAAGUAGCUCUCGUAAAGUUCAAAAUCUUCUCUGAAAUUUCGAUAUUCAGUUAUAUUUUUCACUCUCUGCCACCAGAAAAGUUUCCUUUUUUUUUCAAAGAGAAGUCGCUUCGUCUCAUGACCCAUUGAACAUGCGCCUUUAAUAUUCCCUGUUGUUACGCUUGUUUCCCAUGACGUCACAUGGGAACGGCGAAGUUUUGGCUCCGUCCCCUUCAUUUUUGGUUUCACAUUUUCUUCCACUGGCAAAGACGCCGUAUGUCCGAUUCAAAACCACCUUGGGACGCUAAAGGGCGUGAAAUGUCUGCGCUCUCCACCAACCAGGCACUAUCUCUUUUCUCAUCGUGUUAAGACCCUUUUUUCUAUGAAUUAGCUAUAACUUGGACUGGUUUCUGUAUUCAUACAAACAGAAAUGAUGAAUUUAUUUCUUCAUUCAAACCUUCAUGAAGAGCUGAAAAAUAAAGUUUCUUCCGGGAAAAUGGCUUCAUUCAGCAACUACCUUCACAGGACUGAUUGUAAAUGUUCACACUGAAACAUGGGAAUUAUUAUGAAGUAUAUCAUUCACGACACUCUGACCUGUCUGCGCUCUCUUUCCCUCGGAAAUUUUCAUUUUUGGACCGUUAAAAUAUGAGCUAAGUUACCCAUAUAGGAAAAUGCUUUGAAUGAUACAAAAAACGAAAAAAACUAAAUUUUAAACUCGCGCCAAGAUCGGUGUACAGAAAAAUGCUAACCGUAACAUAAUUCACACAGAGACAAUUUUUCGCAGCCAAAAAGAUUUUUGAUAAUAUUCCAGCAAAAAAAGUUCAUGGAAUUUUUUUCGGAAGUUUUUACCACGAAGGAUUUCCGGAUUUAAAAAAAAGUAGUACGUAGGGACCGCAGACGAACUUUCAAAAAAAAUUUUUCAGCAUUGAGCUUUGUAUGGUUUGAUAGCUGUUUCGAUUCCAAACUCAGAACCGUUCAGUUUUUCGAAAAAUAUUGAGGAUGAAAAAAGUUAUGACGAAAAAUGUGGCGCGCCGCGCACCAUUUUUUUAGUACUGAAAUUUUAGUAUUAUUCAUUUUUGAAAUUUUUUUCUCGAUUUUUUUCUUCUAGAACAAGUUUUGAUACUGGUCUAUUAUGAUGUAACAAAUCAUAAUAGAGUGCUAAAAUGAUGCUCAUCAGCUAGUUUGCCGAAAAAAAGUCGGUAUUUUCCAGAAAAACAAAAAAACUGACGCUUGCGGGCAUCGAACUCGCGACCUCAAAAAGAAAUUUGGCAGCGCACGCGCUGCGCCAAGCUGUUAGGUCUAGCGAGGGGAGCUUCCAUCCGCCAUACCCUUGAGCCGUUUGAAUAGCACAGAUUGCCUAUUUCAAAAAUAAAAACUUGAAGUAAUCAAGCUAUUUUUAUCAGAAUAUGUUCGCAAAUCUUUACUCAAACUUUCCGUGAAAAUUCACUUCGAAAAAACUGUUUUUUUAGUGCUUUUUUUCCUCGUUUAACGAUCGCUGCCUUCAAACGGCCCCCGUAAAUUUUUUUGGCAAAGACGAAUUUUUUUAUUUUAUUCUUUUAAUUGAAAGAUUUUUUUACUAAUAAAUGUAUAUAAUCGUUUAAAAAAACCUGCGUUCGACCGCUUUCUGUAUGAUAAACGCCGCUAAUUUUAUUCUCUAGUUUUCAAGAGCAUUUUUUUGCGUAUUAAACAACUUUUUCAAGCACAUAUUUUGUGGAGAAAUAUUCAAGUAAGCCCAUGAUCUAAAUUUUGAAAAAAAGAAAAAAACUCGAUUAUAUUUGCAUAUUAACGAUAUUUUUGAAUUACGACUUUCGGCACUCCCUAAAAAUUUUUUUGGCAAAGACGAAUUUUUUUUAUUUUAUUGUUUUAAAAUUACCGUUACUUGAAUCAAAAACCAUUAUUUAAAAAAAGAAAGAGUGCGUUCGACCUGAAAACACAUAAAAAAGCAAAAAAUGACAAAAAUUUUUAGUUCCAUUCACGUUUUUUUGUACGACAUUCCGCGAGAACGCAUCAAAAAAGCGUGAAAUAUUUUUUAAACGAAAGAGGAAGCUUUUCUGUACAUGUGUGUCAAAUUUUAUAAGCCAGUUCCACAUAUUUUGCAACUAAAACAAAAUGAAAGUUGAAAACCAAAAAAAAGCCACUUUUUCUAUCGCGAAAAGGGGCGUGGCUUUGCGGUCCCUAGUAGUACGCUACAAAAAAUGAGAAUCUUUGCUGCGAAAUUCGUUUUUGGCGGGAAUUGAGACUUUUUUUUUCGGCUCCAAAAUUGCCUGUACAAUUUCAAGUACACCUUUAGAAACAUUGAGAAUCGCUGAUAAACGGAUCAAUCUCUCAAAAAUCACAAAAACCUUCAAGAAAAAAAAAGAGCAGGAGUUCAUCCAUAGGAAAGAUGAAAAGAAGACGAACUUGAAUAGUUUUCCAUCCCCUUGGGUUUUAAUUUGCCAUUGUACCAUCGUCAGGUCCGACGUAUCCUUGCGGAACGGAGGCGAUAAUGGCUGAAUCUCAUCAUUUUUCCACAACCCACCUGUCGAAAAUACGUGUACAUAAUUAAUAUCGGUCAAGUUAUUGACGCAGGUAGUCAUACGAAAGUUGAGCUUCAACCAAAUACUCGUAUUUUUCGAUUCCGCCCUCGUUACGGCCUUCCGGGCUGUUGCGUUAAACCAGUUGCAAAUCGUUGUGAAAGAGAAUCCCUACAAAAUGAUUUUUCAGUGGAAGAUGAAGCUUAAGAUAUCUCGUAACGCUUCUCAUUCUGCUACAUAUAUUGGGAGUUCGGUCCUAGUGAAAAAGGACGGAAAAAGUGCUUUUUAUCGUUAAAAAGUCAGAUAUCUGAGAUAAGGGCCGGAUCGGGCUUAUAGAAAGGCUGACGGGCACAAGCCUGGUUAAGAGAAAGUCCGUUUCGCAAUAAAGUUGCUCUACGGACAAUCAUUUUCUCUCGAUUGUAUUUUAUAUCUAUUGCUCUAUUACUACUUGAGAACCACUAUAACGGCCAAUGAGACGCAAAAUAGUAGCUUCUUCGGAGGUUGUUUAGUGGCCACCCUAGUGUCCUUUUCAAGUAGUCCUCAAGUAGUCACUGAAGUUUUUCCAGUGUAUCUCAAAAGUUCCGAUUAGAAUAUAUUUUCGAAAUAUUGCCACGAAAACGUGACGACGGACGCUGACGAAGACGGAACUAUCACUGUCGCCAACACGGAUCUCCCCAGAGCGAAUUCGUUCAAAUACCUUGGCUCGACGAUCGCCGAAGACGGCUCAAUCGCAAACGACGUCACCGCACGUAUACAAAGUGCCUGGAUGAAAUGGAGAUCUACAACUGGCGUGAUGUGCGACCGACUUAAAUCGAAGAUCUACCGCACCGUGAUCCGCCCAGUGGCAAUGUACGGUACCGAAUGUUGGCCAGCGACGGAGAAGGACGAAGCAAAAUUGGCGGUCAUGGAAACUACGAUGCUUCGCUGGACCGCCGGUGUCACGAGGCUCGACCAUGUGAAGAACGAGGACAUCAGGAAGAGAUUCGGAGUGGCGCCGAUUCGAGAGAAGCUGCGCGAAAAUCGCCUGAGAUGGUUCGGCCACGUUCUACGAGCCGACCUUACGUCCAUAGCGAAGACAAGCCACACGCUGGAAGUCGAUGGAAAACGGUCAAGAGCCCAAAAGAAGAUGGAUGGACACGCUGAACGAAGACCUUAAAGCGACAAAACUACAUCCAGACCAAGCAGCCGACAGAACAAAAUGGCGACAACGUUCCAGAAAAGCGGACUCCGCGACCGAGCGGGACAGACGCUGAAGAAGAAGAAGAAGAAGAUGGCCACGAAAAGUUGUCCUUGAGCUUAUAG